AUGGCUGCUUCCCGCGGGGAAGAAGGGUUUCUGACGGUGCCCAAGGCGGCCCUACCGAACUCGUCACUAUCGUCACAGCCGUCAGUUCCCCACCGAGGGGAGCCUAAAAAGUGUCUGGUCUAUCCGCACCCGCCGAAGCGCUCCUGCCUGCCUCCGUCCAUCCUGCGCUGGCUCCAGAGCCUGGAUCUCACCUUCUUUCCCAGGAAUAUCAACAGGGAUUUUUCAAAUGGCUUCCUGAUCGCAGAAAUAUUCACCAUAUAUUAUCCCUGGAACCUUAAGUUGUCAUCCUUUGAAAAUGGAGCUUCUUUAAAAGUCAAGUUGGGUAAUUGGGCACAGCUGGAACAGUUCCUGGCCAAAAAGAAAAUUAGAUUACCUAAAGAACUUAUCUAUGGAACAAUUCAUUGUAAAGCUGGAGUACCUGAAAUACUGAUACAAGAGGUUUACACCUUGUUAACACAUCGAGAAAUUAAAACUAUCCAGGAUGACCUUGUGAAUUUUACAGACUACAGUUACCAGAUGCAUUUGCCCCUGGUUCCCAGGUCUACAGCUUCGAAGUCUAUUAAAGAUAACAUUAGGUUGUCAGAAUUAAUAAGUAAUCCCAACAUGGCCAGCAAUGAGUUUAAAAUUGAUUUCCUCUUUCUUUUACAAACGUUGCAAAGGAAAUUAAGCAUAAAAUUGUAUCCAGAAUGGUUUGAUGUCAAACCAACAGUGGGAGAAUUUACUCUGGAUCAACUUCCUGCCCAGGCCUCUGAGUCAGAACACAAUUCAGUGACUUCAAGCCAAAGAGUUGCUCCUGUUUUCCCAAAUACAAGUAAUGGUGGCAAUUCACUUAAAACAAUUCCUGUGAAGCAAGCUGAAACACUUUUUGAAUCUUCUAUGGAACCUAUCGGAAACACGGAAAAGUAACCUUGAAACGCACCUGUCUAAUGGCUUUGCAGAAGUGAUGCCACCAUCUCCUGCCUUACUAAAGGGAUAUGAUCACCUAGUCUGGGAUAUAUUUCAAUAAUAAGUUAUCAAAUUAAAGUGGUGUCUUAUCCAUAAUUGGGCUGAAGAACAUGUUUGUUUUGUUUUCAUUUCCAUUCAACAACCAUUUAUUUAAAAACACCUGUGCCAGGUACUGUUGAAAUUACAAAAUCAAAUUAAUUAGUACAGAAUGAAUACAAAUAAUUUAAAAGAUACAGUUAAACAUAAUUUACCAUGACAAGAGUUCUUUCUCAUAAAUUUUGUAGAAAUGGUGAUUCUACUUUGCAAUGUUUUCCUCAUUAGAAAUGAAAAGAGUGAGGGCUGGCCGAGUGGCUCAGUUGGUUAAGAGCUCGCUCAAGAGUGCAAGCUCUGAGC